CUCACUCACUCCUCCAUCUCCUUCAACAAUGUCAAGAACAUCUCUCCUAAUUCCUCUCUCCCUCUCUCUCAUCCUCUCGUCUCUUCCACCAUUCAGUUCCACCACCAACAUCCACUCCGACGCCUGCCGCUCCUUCUGCGGAAACAUCACCAUCGACUAUCCCUUCGCUCUCCAAUACGGUUGCGGCCAUCCCGGCUACCGCGAUCUUCUGUAUUGUAUGAACGAUGUUCUAAUGUUCCACAUCCGAUCCGGAUCCUACAGAGUAUUAGACAUCGAUUACGCUUACGAAGCCCUAACUCUCCACGAUCCUCACAUGUCGACCUGCGAUACCAUCGUCCUCGGCGGUCGAGGCAAUGGCUUCGACAUCGAGGAGUGGCGGUCGCCGUACCUGAAUCCGACGGCCGAUAACGCCUUUCUCCUUAUCGGUUGCUCCGCCCAAUCGCCGCUCUUCCAAGGGUUCCCAAAUAAGCAUCUGGUUUGCAGAAACAUUUCGGGAAUGGGUUGUGAGGAGUAUUACGACUGUCCGGCUUGGGAUUUAUUGGGCCACAGAAGACCGGGCCGGGUUUAUGGGUCCGGUCCACCAGAGUGCUGUGCGGUUCCUUUUGGGUCUAUUAAGGCUAUAAAUCUCACGAAGCUUCAGUGUGAAGGGUAUAGUAGUGCCUAUAAUUUGGCCCCGUUGAGGAUUAAUGGGCCUGAUGAAUGGGCCUAUGGAAUUCGUGUGAAAUAUUCAGUUCAAGCAAAUGAAGACUUUUGUCGAGCGUGCCAAGCCACUGGUGGCACGUGCGGGUAUGGUACGGAUAGUGUUAGACAGGUGUGUAUGUGUGGGAGCUCCAAUUCUACCUCCACUUGUGAUUUUGUUAUGAGCACGUUACCAAGGAGGAUGACAUCAUGGACAAUAAUCAAGGCCAUCUUAGCAGGAAGCUGGAUGCUGAUGUUGUAGACUGAGAAGAACAACUACGAAAUAUUGCUUGUAGCCAAGCCAAAGAAACUUCUUUGUGCUAAGUUAAUUUCCAUGGGGCUGAAUAUCAAUACGUACACGUGUACGAUGGGAAAAUAUUUAUGAAUUUUGAGCAAUUUUAUAGAUUUAAUGGGGGCAGGAAUGGAAUAUCAUAAAAUUUUGUUUUUGUUUUUGUUCUGUUUUCUUUUUUGUGUUUUAUGUUUUGUUUUGUUCGUUUGUUUUUCUUUUUGAGAUAGAAUAUUAGGUUGCUGGGAGAAAAUUGAGUGGUUUUUGUAUCAAUUUUCAUGAAUUUGAAUUACAUUGAAAAUUUAGAAAAGCAAGAUU